CUCGCGCCUUCUCUUUUCGUAAGUGCCGUCAUAGCUCGCGGCGUCCUUAAAACCCCGCCCUCCCGCACACUCAGGUCCCGCUCCACCACACAACAACUCCAAUCACUUGUCUUUCGCUUGCCUUAACAAAGCAACGAGCCAAGUUGCCAUCCCUUGUUCCUCUUUGUUUGAACUAGAAGGCAGCUCGUUUGCCUGCUUGUCUGACAACCGUUGGAAGCUCACGGCCACUGACAAGACCUCCCUCCAAUAGACAGCUUCUCGAACAGACUUCAACUUCACACGAACAAGUCAUCCACCAUGAGCUGGAACGAUUGUAAGUCACCCUUUCAUUGACUUUGGUUCGCCGUCGGUAACGUCAAGCUAACUUGCUAUCGCGCAUACAGCUGGAGCCGACGCCUGGCAGGCCGACGCCGGCGGCGUUUCUGUUGGUGGUGGAGAUGACGGCUGGGGCAACGGCAAUGCCGGCUCCGGAGGCGAUGCUGGCUUCGGGGGUGAUGCCGACGGCUUCGGGGGUGACGCUGGCUUUGGUGGAGGUCAGGAUGGCGGCGACGGUGGUGCUUGUCGCAAGUAAGUGUUCCGAAACCGUGGCCUUUGAUUCUCAGCUAACAAUCCAUAGCUGUGGCGAGGAAGGCCACUUCGCUCGCGAUUGCCCGGAGCCCAAGAAGAUGACCGGCGAGUGCUUCAACUGUGGCGAAGUCGGGUACGUAACUCAAGCCACUGUUGCUCGUCCACAAACUAACUUGUCGAACAGCCACAACAAGGCCGAUUGUACCAACCCCAAGGUUGAUCGCCCCUUCACUGGCGAGUGUCGCAUCUGUAAGGAGACUGGCCACCCUGCCGCCGAGUGUCCUCAGAAGCCGCCCGUCGUUUGCAAGAACUGCAAGCAGGAAGGUCACCAGGCAACCGAGUGCAAGGAGAACCGUGCGAUGGACUAUAGCAGUAUUCCUGACAAGACCGAUGAGGAAGCUUGGGAGGAUCUGAAGAAGGCGGAUGAGAACAAGGAUCUCGACGACUUCAGAGAGGUAAGGCAUCACCACUGUUUACCGGUGACUCCACUAACUUUUGGCUCAGGCGCUGAAGGCUUACGCGAAGGCGCUGAUUGCCAACAAGGCUUCUGUCGACUUGGCCAUGCUUGAGAAGACCCUUCGUGAUGACAAGAUGAAUGUGCACCUCAUCGCUCUUGAGAGAGAGGUCUCUGAUGUCAUGACCAUUGUCAACUUCACCGGCAAGAUCGACU